UCUUGGGUUUUCUUGGAUCCGGAACCUUUGUUCGUGCAUGUUUCCAGUCGGUUUGGAUUUAUACAAGCACCGGAUUCAUAAUGUCGAGGCACCUUCGUUUCAUUUCGCGGACAGUGAUGGUCCAAGACCUCAACGUUGAACAGGCGUACAAGACUUUAACCAGGCUCCUGACUCAGGACGGCAUUAUUGAAACAGUGAAGCUCAAGCGGUACUACGAGAAGCCCUGCCGAGAGCGUCAGCGGAGGAGCUUUGAGACCUGCAGGCGGAUCUACUCAACAGAAAUGGGCAGGAAAAUGACCUUCAUAUCCAGGAAAACCCGAGAGGAUCCCUGGCUUGGCUGCUAGUGAAAUGGAGUAUGAUGAAACAUGACAUUUUCUAUGGACCUGUUGAGAUAGGGCCAGCAAUGUGGAAAACCCCAUCAAGAUCAUGUCCCUUGCUUCUAAAUGGACUUUGGUAAUACUGAUGACUGUGUAUUUCAUUGUUCAACAGUAAAAGGAAUACGAUGUGUAUAUGUGCAUUUAUUGUCAAGUGAACAUUGGAUUUUUGUUUUUCAUUUUCUCCACAAAAAAUGUGGCAUUAAAAAUGGCAUCGCUUGUAUUCAC